CCUCUUCAACUACGACAUUCUACGUUUUCUAAGAAUCCGGGGAAUUAUUGGCAGCCAAGUUGUUUAUUUAAAAAACGCCCUGUUCUCAGGCGGCCGCCGCACUAGUCCGGUUCAAGUUGAAGGCAAGGGAAUAUUAUUUUUAGCCAGUAGGCCACAGCUAAGUGACAUCGUGUUGUGUCUAAAAAUUUUGUUUGGCUGCGUCUGCAAAUAAAUCAAACCCAUUUCGUAUUAAAUCUUGGGAUCAAAAUCAGCUAGAGAGAUGCCCAUCAUUCGGCUGGAGUCUGCGGACAAGGAGAUCUUCGACACGGAUCAGGAGAUCGCCAAGUGCUCGGAAACGAUUCGCAUUGCAAUAGAGGAUAUGGGCGAUGAGAGCGACAACAGUGUGCUGCCUUUGCCGAAUGUCAACUCGCUGAUCUUGAAGAAAGUGCUCCACUGGGCCACCUACCACAAGGACGAUCCCGUGGUUACCGAGGAGGUUGAGAACAAGGAGAAGCGCACGGAUGACAUCUCAUCCUGGGACGCUGACUUUCUCAAAGUGGACCAGGGCACGCUGUUCGAACUGAUCCUCGCGGCCAACUACCUGAAUAUCCAGGGUCUGCUCGACGUCACCUGCAAGACGGUGGCCAAUAUGAUCAAGGGCAAGUCGCCGCAGGACAUUCGCGACACCUUCGCCAUCCAGAAUGACUUUCUGCCACAGGAGGAGGAACAGGUGCGCAAGGAGAACGAGUGGUGUGAGGAUAAAGCUUAAAUUUUUUGUUUAAUCAACGUUUCAAUUAAGAUAGUUAGCUGAUCAUGUUUAAAGCGUCAGCAAUUGUUCUUUUGGGUUAAUUAAAUAAAAUAUUAUGCUUUAAUGCUGGCAAGUUCUCUUGAAU